UCCAGCUGAGCUGAGUGUGUGUGAGUGGUGCGGGAGGAGCUUUUGUGAGUACUGCAUAUCACCCGCACUGCUCCAGCCCAGCAACAAAACACCGCAAGACCUCCCUGCGGCUGCGUCUAUUCCCACAUCUUACAUUACCAGGGAGAGACAGCUGCUUUAUUAGCUGGGGCUGUCAUUGUGGCAAGUGGCUCCCUAAUUUUAUACUUUUUAUUUAUUUUAAUUUUGUUUUUAAUUAUUCGCUCUUCUGGACUAAAACGGUUUUAUCUUAUUGGAAGUGUUUUUUGAAUAAAAGUCGAUUCGCAAUGUUUGACAAGACGAGGAUCCCGUUUGUUGUGCUGGAUAUAGUCUGCUUGGUAUUGGCUGGCUUACCUUUGGGCAUUCUAAAGUUGUACACAAAAAUCCCGUAUAAGAGAGGUUUUUUCUGUAAUGACAGCAGCAUCCGGUAUCCAUUCCAUGACAGUACAGUCACCUCCACUGUACUCUACACAGUGGGUUUCUCACUGCCCAUUUGCUCUAUCAUCUUAGGAGAGGCAAUAUCUGUCUUUUACAACCGUUUGCAUUCCAAUGCCUUUGUCUCAAAUCAAUAUGUCUCUACUAUUUACAAAGCGAUUGGAACAUUUAUCUUUGGAGCUGCAGUGAGUCAGUCUCUGACUGAUAUAGCAAAGUACACCAUUGGGCGCCUGAGACCACAUUUCAUUGAUGUUUGUAAACCCAACUGGAGCCAAAUCAACUGCUCCCUAGGGUACAUUGAAAACUUUGUAUGUGAAGGCGAUGCAGUAAAAACUAAUGAAGCACGGGUGUCAUUUUACUCUGGUCACUCUUCCUUCUCUAUGUACUGCAUGUUGUUCCUAGCGCUAUAUCUUCAGUCAAGAAUGAAAGGAGAUUGGGCCAGACUCAUACGCCCCACCCUCCAGUUUGCUUUUGUCGCAGUUUCAGUCUAUGUCGGUCUUUCUAGAGUAUCUGACUACAAGCACCACUGGAGUGAUGUUCUUACUGGUCUCAUACAGGGAGCGAUCGUAGCUGUACUGAUUGUUGCGUUCGUGUCAGAUUUCUUUAAACACAAGAAUAAUGGCUUUAACAAAGAAGAAGAUUCCCAUACUACACUUCGUGAAACUUCAACAAAUGGAAACCACUAUGGAAACAGUAUCCAGCCAUGAAAAUGCCUUCUUGCCACUAAACACAUUCUGCUUUUAGACCGAGAAUUGCUAAGAGUUAACACAAUAUAAAAGGAAAGAAAAGCCUUUAACCCCUUAAGUGCAAGAGGAGCAAAGGCAACAUACUGGUAGCCUCUCCAGCAUCAAAGAGAUUAUUGGACUGCUGCUGCUAUAUUUGUUGGGUGCCCACUUUAUUUACCUGUAUAUAAUAAAAUGAACACACACACACAUAUAUAUAUAUUACAUAGCUUUAUAAAAAAGGCUUAAUUGUUUGAAGCAUUUAUCAGCUCUACACAAAAAAUGGAAAUGUGGUAUUCAAAUUGUAUAUUUUUUAUUAAAAUAUUGUAACGCUGUUUAUGUACAAACAAGAACAAGUGUGAAUUUGCUUUAUGCUGUAUAUUGCUGGUAAUGGCAAGGUCUGUCUGCACGUAGCAAGGGAUUCAUGUGUAUACCACUGAAACAAUUAAAAACAAUCACAUCUGCCCAUCCUGGAUUUCCCUUGUACAAAUGCAUCUUCAUGUACCGAGACUGGUCACUGCAACAGUGUGUUUGAGUCCAGAUGCACAAUGCAUUGUGUUGUCUAUUUAGAGUUCAUUUCAUUAGAGGUACAAGCUGGCAGCAAAAACUAUGUCCCUUUUGAUUUUAGUAAUACCUUAAAAGAAAAGAAAAAAAGUAAGUAGUACAGCAUUGAAAACAAGGUUUCCCUGUCAUGUCAAUCUGUGCUUAAAAUACAAAAAUGUUGCACAAUGAUGUGUUUAGGGCAAAUUGACUUUUUUUUUUUAAAUAAAUGUUCUAGUUUUUUUAAACCACAAGUAGAAAUUGUAAUACUUUAAUGUUUAUUUAAAAUUGUAUUUAUUAGUUAUGGGUUGUUUUGUUGUGCUCUGGGGCUUUGAUAUGUAUCUGUUUAGAAAAUGUUUUUAUAUCAGUUUUAAAGUCAAGUAUUUUGAUGGCAGUGGAAAUAUUAUAGGAUUUAAACUGUAUAGGUUACAACUGUGUGUUUCUCAGUUUCAGAUAGAGCAUGCAAUUUUAAGCAACUUUCUAUUUUGCUCCUAUUAUCAAAUUUUCUUCAUUCUCUUGGUAUAUUUAUUUGAAAAGUAAGAAUGUAAGAUUAGAUGCCGGCCCAUUUUUGGUGAACAACCUGGGUUGUCCUUGCAGAUUGGACAGCACCAAUAAACAAGUGCUGUCCAUGGUACUGAACCAAACAUUUGCUGGCUCCUUAGCUUAGGUGCCUUCUUUUUUAAAUAAAGAUAGUAAGAGAACGAAGAAAAGUUAAUAGGAGUAAAUUAGAAAGUUGCUUAAAAUUGCAUCAGAAUCAUGAAAGAAAAAAAUUUGGGUUCAGUGCCCCUUUAAGGCACACAGAUCAGAUUUUUUUUAAGGAUUAUAUUAGUUAGAGGACAGGUAAAACAUCUGAUCAGUUGCUAAUUAAAACAUCUUGGAAAUCUAACAUGUUAUUGUACUCUAAUGACUGGAGUUGAGAAACACUAUCAUCAUUUGAUUGCUUUGUUGGACGUACAUGGCAAUAUAUGCAGUAACCAUUUGGUUAGAUAUGUGGUUUAUUCAGGAAUGAAGCCUGUUACUGUUGUGCUUAGAUUCAAUGAAAUUCUAAACAAUGGUUACUUAAGUCUCCAAUGUAAUAGGAAGGUUUAAAUAAAAACCUAUAGCUCAGUCCAGUGAGGCUUAAUCGUUUGUUACGAAUUGUUACAGGAGAAAGGAACAUGAAGCCAUAAUGUCACCAGGAGUGUACCGCUUGGUAAACUAGCAAUCAAACCAGCAGCAUUAAAAUCUCACCAACAGGAAACGCCAUGUGUGAUGAGCACAUACCCAAACUUUAUGACAGGUUUUCUCCUAUGCUGCACUAGUUGCAAACACCGAAGUUCUGUCACUGUAGCAUCUAUGUUAUGGUCUAUAAAUAACCCUACCCUAAACUAGCAGCACCCUACUUGAACUGUAGCUUUGAUUGGUAAUAAAUGUGUACUUAAAGGGACACUGAACCCAAUUUUUUUUAUUUUGUGAUUCAUAUAGAACAUGAAAUUUUAAGCAACUUUCUAAUUUACUCCUAUUAACAAAUUUUCUUUAUUCACUUGGUAUCUUUAUUUGAAAUGCAAGAAUGUAAGUUUAGAUGGCGGCCCAUUUUUGGUGAACAACCUGGGUUGUCCUUGCUGAUUGGUGGAUAAAUUCAUCCAUCAAUCAAAAAGUGCUGUCCAGAUCUGAACCAAGAAAAAAAGCUUAGAUGCCUUCUUUUUCAAAUAAAGAUAGCAAGAGAACAAAGAAAAAUUGAUAAAAGGAGUAAAUUAGAAAGUUGCUUAAAAUUGCAUGCUCUAUCUAAAUUACGAAAGAAAAAAUUUGGGUUCAGUGUCCCUUUAAAGGGACAGUCUACACCAAAAUAGUUAUUGUUUAAAAAGAUAGAUAACACCUUUACUACCCAGCUUUGCACAACCAACAUUGUUAUAUUAAUAUACUUUAUAACAUUUCAAUCUCUAAAUUUCUGCCUGUUUUAAGCCACUACAGACAGCCUCUUAUCACAUGCUUAUUUAUUUGCUUUUCACAACAAGAGACAACUACUUCAUGUGGACCAUAUAGAUAACAUUGUGCUCACACAUGGAGUUGUGCAAGACAGCAUUAAUUGGCUAAAAUGCAAACCAAUAGUCAUGUGAUUAGGGGGCUGUCAGAAGAGGCUUAGAUACAAGGUAAUCACAGAGGUAAAAAGUGUAUUAAUAUAGCCAUGUUGGCUGCGCAAAACUGGUGAAAGGGUAAUAAAGGGAUUAUCUAUAUUUAUAAAUAAUAAAACACUUGGAAUUAGACUGUCCCUUUAACCUCUUAAGGACAUAUGACGGAAUUUUUCCGUCAUAAAACAAUUGAGCAAACUGAAAGCUGUGUCCUUAAAGGGUUAAUGAAAAUAAAAUUGAUGUCCUGUUUAUAUAAAAAACAAACAAAUGCAUAUUUGUUCUCAGCAAGCAAAGCUAUGGCAAACAAUGGGAUAUUAUAUCAGUGUGUGUUGCCACAAGGGAAAUAUGCAAAUGAGUACUGAAUCAGCACAACAAAAAAAAAGAUGUGAUGCACAGCAGUCUUAUCUGAAGUGAUGAGCAGCGCUUCUUAAUCUCAUUAACUGCUGGUGAUAUGAGCGGUUGGUUUUAGCAACAACACUAGUGAUAAGUGUAUCUACAGGAGUAACAAUCAUAGAUGGGCAGCAAUUUGUGACGUCAUGGUUAGGGGAGUUAGUUUUCAUUUAAAAACUAACAUUACAAAAGCUGCACUGUUGAUGUAUACCAGUAUGGUGAUUUACACAUCAAAAUCUCAACCUUUUUCAUGCUGGUCACAACUACAAUAGCAUAACUACUCCUCCCCAUAUUUGUUUCCCUCUUGCGUCUGCAGCUCUCUUUAAAGCCAUUAUCCUAUUGGAUGCGUUUUGGUGAAGCUCUGCAUGUUUAUACUGGGCGCCACCAUCUUGGAACUAGGUGCUCCUACACUUUCUCAGAUAAGGACAAAAUCCGACAUUGCUGGCUUUUUGACCAAUUUCAAACAACAUUGAUCUAUGAAUAUGCACCACCUCUGCUGCCAUUUUGAAGCUUAGCUGUUCUCAGACCCUGUGACCUACUCUAUUGCUUCUCCAACCAGCAAGUUCAAAUACAACAGCUGAAGAGAGAUGCAGGCACGGGGGGAAAAUCAAUAACACGGUAAGAAGUAGUUUAGUUUAAUAUCACCUCAAGCCUUAGAACAAAAGGUUUGAAGAGGGUAAAAGAACCUUAGCAGAAGGGUGGACGUUUUUUUUUUGUUUUAGAAGCAGGACCUCAACCUUGUCCAUAAAUAUCCAUAUACACACCCUUUACUUGUACAAUUCAGGCCCCAGUGACAACACUUACAAACUGCAUUCCUUCAAAAAUGCUAAGAACACAGGGAGUUUGUGGCUUCCAAGUUCCAAUGCUCAUUACCUUCUGCAAAUUUGUUCUCCAGUUCUGUGUUUCCAAUUGCUUUUGCUGCUUGACACAUUUGUCUAAGCAAUUCCUCCAACCUUCUCAUGCAACGAAUUAUACUUCCUGUAUAAAAAAUAAAUAAAGUUUACGUAACAUCUUAAGAAAAAAUUACACAUUUUGCAAAAGAUACUUCAUAUAAUUCCUGCUGAAACGUUUGCUUUGGAAUUAUUUUGCCUCACACAUACUAGGUGAACAUCUGCAAUUUUUUAUUCGGUAUCCAAACUACAUCACUUGACUUAUUUGGUGAAGCCAAUCAGGUCUUACUUCCGGAGGACAGACAGCUGGCCACAUGCAUUAUGUUAGCAAAACAUGCUUUGUUUUGCAGUUAUCUAAUUGGCUUUAGCAAAGGUUACAAAGGGAUUGAAUAGAGAAUGAAAACAACUUCCCAAUUUACUUCCAUUAUUAAUGGUGCUUAGUUCUCUUGGUAUCAUUUGUUAAAGAACAAUCCUAGGUGAGCUCAGUGACAAACACUGCUUGCCUUAUGUACACUCCUAUGUAUAACAUUGUUAUAAACAAUGUUGCAAACACCACUGCUAUAGACACGUGCACGCUCCUAAGCUUCUAUCAGACUUCCUAGGUUUAGUCUUUAACAAAAAAUACCAAUAGUAAGGAUAUAUCUGUGUUCUCUGGGUUCAAUUUCCCAUUUCUUGACUAUCCUCAAUGAGUUCUCAAAUAAAAGGAAACAAAGGAAUUAACAGUGUGACUCUCUAACCACUUGUAGCGAAGUAAUUUGAUGUUGUAACGAGUAACUACUCACAUUUGUUGGAGCUUACAACUAAGCUCAAGGAAAUGCGCACCCCCACUUUAUACUAGUGGGAAAACAGUACUCUCAGGCAAAUCUUUAAAACAAAUAUUUAUUUAAAAUACAUAAAAAGCGUCACAAGUGCCUUAGUAACACCUAAAGUAUGGGUGAAUGAGCAAUGCUAAUAUGACAAUUACUCAAAGGGAGCAAGUCUUGGAUGGGUGUGGAUGGACCAGCAGAAAAUAAACCGCUGAAACCACCACCUCACAGUCACAAAACAGAAACACUCUUUUUCCCAGGUGUGUUGGCAAGUGUAAAGACGCAAUGAGAAGUCUGAGAUAACAGUUCCGUUCCUGUUAUCUCAGACUUCUGUUAUCUAUGAACUUUUGAUCUUGUGUUUGUUUUCAGUUGUAUGUUUUUUAUGUUUAUCACAUUUAUUCUAAUCACUUUUUUCUGUGAUAUUUGGUAUAAUUAUUGCACAAAAAAUACCAAUAGAACAAAGCAAAUACUGAAAAGUUGUUUAAGAAAGCAUGCUCUAGCUGAAUGAUUGAAGUUUAGUUUUCACUUUAUUGUCCCUUUAAGUAAUUAUAAUCUGUUGUACUAUGGAUAAUUACACAUUUUAUAUUACAAUAUCAAUGUGUUCAUAUUUAAGAACUGACCACAAAUCCUGAAGAAAAGUCAAUCCCAUUUAUCCCCUUAAUAAACAAUGGCAGAAUUAUUCCAUCAUGGUCAUGGAACAAUUGAGCAAACUGAA